AUGAAAAAUGCCGUUAAAGAUGUAAUAUCAAACCACAUGGGUUUAAGAGAAGCUGUAGAGCGAAAUGAUGUAAAGUUUCAAACUCUGGCACGUUAUGUAAACAAACAGAAAAAAUCUCCAAAUGAAUCAAUAAGCAUGAAACCAAAAUAUGAUACAAGAAGAAUUUUUACCGAUGAGCAGGAAAGUUCGUUGGUUAAUUAUGUCUUACAGUGUUCAAAGAUGUGCUACGGAAAAUCGACAAAAGAUGUGAGAAUCUUGGCUUAUGAAUUAGCUAUUGCUAAUAACGUUAAUGUUCCUAAGUCAUGGAAGGACAACAAAAAAGCUGGCGUAGAUUGGUUAAAUGCUUUUAUAAAACGUCACUCCAAUAUAAGUAUUCGGCAACCAGAAGGAUGCAGUUUAUCACGAGCAACAUCUUUUAAUCAUCAUAAUGUAAAUACAUUUUUUGAUAAUUUAGAACGUGUCAUGCAACGAUGUGAUAGUUUUUCCGAUGGAAGUCGGGUGUAUAACAUAGAUGAGACCGCAACAACGACGGUCCAACGAUCCAAUAAAAUUUUAGCACAGAAGGGUGUAAAACAAAUAAGUAAAUGUACGAGUGGUGAACGUGGUAGUUUAGUAACCACUUGCUGUAUUAUAAACGCUCUAGGAAAAACAGUACCUCCAGUUAUGGUGUUCCCAAGAACUCACUUUAAAACCCAUAUGAUACAUGGGGCUCCUGCAGGAACACUAGGGUUAGCUAAUCCCAGUGGAUGGAUGACGAGUGAACUGUUUGUUGAUGUCAUACAACAUUUCAUUAAACGCACCUCAAGUUCUGUUGAUAGACCGACAUUACUUAUCAUGGAUAACCAUGAAACCCAUUUAUCCAUUGAUUGUAUAAAUUUAGCAAAAGAGCACGGAAUUACACUUUUAACGCUGCCACCGCACUGUUCGAACAGACUCCAACCCCUAGACGUAUCAGUUUAUGCCUCCUUCAAAGCUUUCUAUAACGCAGCGAUAGAUUCAUGGAUGCUAAGACAUCCUGGAGUACCAUUCACAAUAUACCAAGUCGCCGAAUGUGUAGGUGUCGCAUUUGAAAAAUCUAUGACGCCGGUUAAUAUCAAAUCAGGCUUCAAAAAGCAUAUGCCAGAAAGGACAACGUCACGAAGGUGUGCUCAUUGCUCUACAAAGACUGACGUUCAUAGAUCCAAGUGGAGCUGCACUACAUGCAAAGUUGCGCUUUGCUUGACAGAAACAAGAAAUUGUUUUAAGGAAUUCCAUGCCAAAUAA